AAUAGGACCGUCUCACACUCAUACACUUUGUUGUUCAGUGGCCCACCGUUAAACACAGAGGAGAAGAUCUGAUCAAGUUCACUUCAACAGCUGAUAAAUAAGCUACCGGCAAAAUGUGGCAUGCAGCCUUACUGCUACUGGCUGCCAGCUUCUCGAUGAGCCUGGCCAAACCCCGUCUGCAUCCACUGUCCAAUGAGAUGGUAAACUACAUCAAUAAGGUUAACACUACAUGGAAGGCUGGUCACAACUUCCAUAAUGUUGACUACAGUUAUGUCCGGACUCUGUGUGGUACGAUGCUGAAGGGACCUAAACUGCCAAUCAUGGUUCAGUAUGCUGGAGACCUGAAACUACCUAAAGAAUUUGACUCCAGAGUGCAGUGGCCCAACUGUCCCACUCUGAGGGAGAUCAGAGACCAGGGCUCCUGUGGAUCCUGCUGGGCGUUUGGCGCUGCAGAGGCUAUCUCCGACCGUGUGUGUAUCCACAGCAAUGGCAAGGUCAAUGUGGAGAUCUCCUCUGAGGACUUGCUGACCUGCUGUGAAACCUGUGGCAUGGGAUGUAAUGGUGGCUACCCCUCAUCUGCCUGGGACUUCUGGACCCAAGAGGGACUGGUCUCUGGAGGUCUCUAUAACUCCCACAUUGGUUGCCGGCCCUACACCAUCGCCCCCUGUGAGCACCAUGUAAAUGGUAGCAGACCUCCUUGUACUGGAGAGGGUGGAGACACACCUCAGUGCAUCUACCAGUGUGAAGCUGGAUACACACCCAGCUACAAACAGGACAAGCAUUAUGGUAAAACAUCUUACAGCGUAGAGGCAGAUGAGGAGCAGAUUCAGUCUGAGAUUUUUAAGAAUGGCCCAGUGGAGGGAGCAUUUACUGUCUAUGAAGACUUUUUGCUCUACAAGUCCGGUGUGUAUCAGCAUGUGUCUGGGUCUGCUGUGGGUGGCCAUGCCAUCAAGGUCCUGGGAUGGGGGGAGGAGGGUGGCACUCCCUACUGGCUCUGUGCCAACUCCUGGAACACUGACUGGGGUGAUAACGGAUAUUUUAAAAUCCUGCGUGGAUCAGAUCACUGUGGUAUUGAGUCUGAGAUUGUGGCAGGCAUUCCCAAGUAAAACCUAAGGUUUGUAGCAGUAGUGGCACAUAAUCACUAGAGGGCGACACACUCCUGCUUUAAGUAGUUAUAUUUAAAACCCACUGAUCGCCCUGCACACAACCACGUUUUCUUUCUACAGCAGACUGAAAAAACUCAAGAGCACCGUUCACUUACUGUAGGUGGAUUAGCAGAUGGGGUAUGACAGCAACUAUGUGCCUGAACACAAAUUACUGUUGAUGAAUAGAAGGUGAAUAGAAUAGAAUAGAAGUUUGUGACUGAACUGUCUUAAGAUCAUGUUCCUUCACUUCUUAAAGCAAGGUCAAUCAAAAGUUGUACAGGGAGAAAAUGUUUAAGACAUGCAUGUGCAUUUAAUUUCAUCUCAGGUGAUUUGAAGCAGACUGUUGCAGGACUGAUUGAAUUUGUCCCUGUGUUGUGUGUAUGUAUAUGUGUGCUUUUUUUUUUUUUUUUAAUAAUCACAGCUUCCAUAUUGACUGCCAUUUUUAUAUUGGUGCCACCGCCACUCCAAAAUGUCACGAUGUACUCCUUGUAACUGGUGCCUGUUAGUGUUUUUAAAUUUUAAUGUCAAAAAUAAAAUGAAAUGUCAAUUUCUUU